AGAAUUCGUUGGUGCCAGCACUUUCCUCUAGUGUCUAGUCUGGUAAUAAACAGAACAGAAGAGAUCGCCAUUGUUGAGUGAGAGAGAGAGAGCUCCAUACUUAAGAGUUACUGGAGUGUUACAGAGAGAGAGAGAGAGAGAGAGAAUUGAGAAGGAGAAAUGACACUAGGGGGAGGUGGAACAACGCAGGUGGCGUACGGAGACAAAUGGUAUUGGGAGAAGCGAUACGCACAAGAACCGGUUCCCUACGAUUGGUACCAAACCUAUCACUCCCUCGCCCCCCUCCUCCGCCUCUACGUUCAUCCCCACCACCGCGUCCUCGUCGUCGGUUGCGGCAAUUCCGCUUUUAGUGAGGGCAUGAUUGAUGACGGUUAUGCGGAUGUAGUCAAUGUUGAUAGUUCCUCCGUGGUAAUUGAAGCAAUGCGGAAGAAAUAUUCCAAUCGUCCACAACUGAAAUAUAUGAACAUGGAUGUUAGAGACAUGAGUGCCUUUGAAGCCGGUUCCUUUGAUGCCAUUAUUGAUAAAGGAACUUUGGACUCCAUCUUGUGUGGGAACGGUUCGACGAUAAAUGCUGCUCAGAUGCUUGCUGAAGUCUGCAGGGUCCUGAAGGAUGAAGGAAAAUAUGUCCUGAUUACUUAUGGAGCUCCAGUUCAGCGACUACCUUUGUUGAGAAACUCAUGCUCAUUGACAAUUAAAUUACAUGUCAUAGACAAAGUUCCUACAGGGAGCUCGCACCAGCAAAAAUGGGAACUGACUUCACCCAUUGCAUUGGAUAAAGAUGUGAGCUCCGUGGAAUCGGUUUUGGGGCCGAAUCCAAGCGUUCACUAUAUAUACGUUUGUGUUAAGGAUAAUACUUUGGAGUCCAGGCACAAAGCACAGAUCAAGAAUUGAAGGAUGAAGCUGGUCUCCUUUUGCCCUUAAGUGGAAGGCCAAUCACUCACUAUAUAUACUGAUACGGAUUCCUUUGUUGCCCUCCUGCCCGGCAUGAAUCCCUUUUUUUUGUAUCUAUAUCCCGCAAGAUGAUAUUAAUACAGUCGAACCUAAACAGCUCGAUCCGAUUUGUAAUAAUGUUCUAUGGUGAGAGGCAUGCUGGGUAAACUUUGCUGUUUUUGUC